UGGUGUCGACUCCACGGAGACGCUUCGCAGGAGCGUAGGAAUCAGGGUAAACACUGUGAGCAUUCCAGACACAGGGGAGCGUAUGCAGAAACUGGAAUUAGUCUUCGAGCAUGAUGUCCAAGAUAAGAAGAGGAUUUUGGAGAAAGUUGAACGGAAUCAGGCGUACUAGGGCAUUGAGAUUGAUUCUGAACAAACUGGAUUAACGUAGUUCACUAGUGCGUAGCGGCGAUUAGAAACAGCGAUAUACCCUGCUUUCGGCAGAAUCAAGAUCCCCAUGCUGAUAGGCAGCACAGCACUGGACGCGUUCAAGGAUAUGAAAACAGUUGUGGGGAAUAGUGCUUUAUCGCGUCUCGCUUAUUAGGCUGCAGCUUUCAUCUACUUAAGUAUUGCGCGUUCAUCCAUACAAUGAUUCUACAUCAUCACUUGCACAACAUCCACACAUACAACAACAUCCCAUUGCCAAUAAUCAGAGAUGGCUAGCACUUCCCUGCCCCACCUUCCAGCCGAGCUGUGGGCCCAAGUCCUCCAAAAUGUCGACGAUCCAUUUUCUCUGUGGGUAACCUGCCGUCAGGUAUCGCGUACCUGGAGAACAGAAGGUGAACACGCCUUUCGCGCGAUCUUCCUCCCAAUCCUUCAUAUCAAGUGGACUAGAGUUGCAUUUGGCCGAAUAGCACACACGAUCAUUGCUAUUCCAGACGAGCACUCCAUUAAAUCACAAUCAACAACGCUGUCCCUUGUGCUUCGAUGGGGUGAACCAAGAUCCGAGUUCAUCCCGAACCACCUGGAGGAUUUCACGCGUGACGAAUUUGGGAGGGAACUCGCUUGGAUCACUGACUAUAACGACUAUCGCUCAUGGUUAUACGGUUCGUCUCGUGAGAUGAGUGAGCAGGCCAUUUGGUUUGACACGGCAGAUGGGCGGUAUACAUUUGUCGGUAGUGCUGAGACGAACGGAUUUACUCCUCAGUUUCCUGCCGAAGAACACGAUACGAGAGACAGGCGCCGAGUCACAUACGACUGGAAAGUUUUGAUGAAUGCGCUCUUCGCGGAAGAAGUCUUUGUGCGGCGAAGACAUCCGGGCCCGUCGUUCUAUGAGCUUGGAGAGCAAGGCAUGCAUGACAUUGUGGCUGGGGAGGAUCAGUCAACGGACCUAAGGACGGUCCUGGCUGAGAGGUUUAAGCCGCUGUACGCCGUUGCUUUCCAAGAGAGGUUACGUCGUGCAUUCAACAGGGAGGGUGUAGAUCUCUACACCCAUGACAGCUUUACUAGCAUGUGUAAUGCGAAUCAGCAACUAGAUUACCACAUUGAGAAAACUGGAUGCGGGUGGAUGAUGGAAUGUAGGUUCGAAAGACUGCAAGCUUUCUUGAAUGGUCUUUUGAAGCUAGAGAGGAAAAGAUGGGACCGGGAUAUUACAGGACGACAAGCUUACAUGAGGCUUGUGUAGGAAAGGCAUUUAACCAAUUUUCGAAAUCAACAAAUGCUCCAACAUACGUUUGGUGUGAAUGGAUUUGACUCUCUAUUCUAUACUCUAAGAAACCAAAAAAGGUUCUCUGCAGAGUCAAUAUAACACAACGCUGAUAGCAUCGUGAAAGUGCUGAACCUAACUACGCCGUGAUUGGGUGGGUUGCAGCUCAUGGGAAGAGGACGUCUCAGUCGGAGCACUUGGUUCUGCCUUCUUCCAAACUGAACCACGCAUACUUUCUGGUACCGUGAUAGCGAAAACGCUGAGGAAGAGCCCAAUGCCACUCAAUAUGACGCAGCUGUAGUACACACUUCUGUAUCCAAU